UUGGGGACGUGUUCAUCACUCUGCGUAUAAGUAGAACAGAAGCUGGAGCUGUAGGAAACGCUCACAGCAAUACAUCGACGCCCAAACUCCAAAUCUCAAUUUAAAUUCUCCGAUAUGGACGAGACCGUCGGCGACGGAGCCUAUCCUCUCGGACUGGACGAGUCGUAUAGGCCACUUCCCUCGCUUUACUUGGCCUUCCUGUCCUUAUGGCUCGUCUCUGCUUGCUCUUGGACCCUUAAUACCUACAAAAAGCGCCGGUUUCAGUCAAAUAAUUUGCAGUGGGCACUUACCUCAGUUCCCUUUAUAAAAGUAUUGCAGCUCACGCUGUCCUUUCUCUUCUGGUAUUCAUGCUUCUAUUUUCAGGCAUGUUCCUUGUGGAUGUCGUUCGGGGUGUAUGUAACUGGGGUGCUCUUUCAAACUGCUGCCUUUGUCUCCUUCUUGCUCAUUGCUCAUGGCUACUGUAUCAUGUGUGAGCAUCUUUCUUUAAGUGAACGCCGUACAACUGCUGCACUUGGAUGUGUCUUUUACUUAACACUUGUUGGUUACAAAGCUUGCGUGCCAUACUUCACGGUUCUUCUGCUACUGAAUUAUUUUAUUUCAUUCUAUGUAAUUUUCCGGCAUAUAUCACAAAACCUAUUGUUGUUGCGAGAACAAUUGAGUAUUGUUGAAAACGAGGAUGUUCGGACAAUGCAUGAUGCUUUGUAUACAAAGUACAUGAUGUUCAAGAAAUUUCAGGGUGCAAUGCAGAUAGUUGCUAUGGCAGAAACUGUGAUAUACAUGAACAUGGAUGACUCUUCAGAGAAUUACUGCCUUCGGUUAUUAGUCAGAGAGUGGGCACAAUUCUGCAUUUUUUCAUACAUUGGGUGGACUUUCAGGUCACAGGACUUGGCGCCACGCUUCUCUGUUAUGCCUGCCACAAAGUACAGAGGCGACAUUUUGGUGCCUCCCAUAUACAGUAUUGAAAUGGAUGCAGCUACUUUUAAAGAUUUUAGUAGUCAUGAAUGGCACAUUGGGGUGCCAAAUUCUGCCUGCCGUGAUGAAAGCCCAGAAGAUGCAGUUCUAGUGAUCAUUGAACAUCCCCACUCGCAGAGGCUAAGAACGCUUGAUACUUCUUCUCGUAGUGCUGACUGUUCUGCGGUGUCAAAUCUUACUUCACAGACAUGUUAAUGCAAAAUAUAAUCAAUUAGGAUUAGCUAUAGAUCUAUUGGUUGCUCAUGCCUUUUCUCUUGCAAUUUGGCAUGGACAUGGUAGCACACUCACUUCUUGGGGAUUUAGAGAUUGAUUUGAAUCUUCCCAAUUUGAAUCGUCUUCCAAGUUGAAGGGAGACAAGCAGUAAAAGUAUAUAUUGGUGUUUUUUCCUUCUCUCUCUCUCUCUCUCUCUCUCUCUUUUUACGAUUUUCUUUUGUUCUCUUUUAUUUUUGAACACUAUACAGAUUUUACUUUAGAAAAUCCGGAUAUAGUUAGUCAAGUGCUGAGGGUAGAACAAUGGGCUUGAUCUCAUUUACACUUCUCCUUAGAUUAGAGGCAACAAAUGUAUCUGUAGAUUGUACACCAUCAAAGUAAAUGAUAAUUUUAUAUUGUUCUUC